AGGAUAGGGCGGAGCAAUCUGAGGCCGGACAGUGAAAGGCAGGACUCUCCAGUCUGGUGCUGAAGCUGGACAGGGGCAGACCUUCUCACAGCCUGUCCUUCCACUGAUUCUAGGCUCAGCAACAUGACAAGCAAGAAAGUCAUCGCUGUGUUUGGGGCAACAGGUUCUCAGGGUGGUUCUGUUGCUAGAGCCAUUUUGGAGGACAAAGACUUUUCUGUAAGAGCAUUGACUCGGGAUGUGACCAGACCUGCUGCCCUGGCCCUUCGAGACCUGGGAGCUGAAGUGGUGAAGUGUGACCUGAAUGACCAAGAGGCUGUGAAGGGAGCAUUAAAAGGCGCCUAUGGUGCCUUCCUGCUGACCACCUACUGGGAUGACUUUAGCAAGGAGAAGGAAGUGCAGCAGGGGAAAAUCGUAGCCGAUGCCAGUAAAGAGCUGGGCUUGAAGCACGUGGUAUACAGUGGCCUGGAGAAUGUCAAGAAGUUGACCAAAGGGAAACUGGAGGUGCCACACUUUGAUGGCAAAGGAGAGGUGGAAGAAUACUUCUGGAAUCUCGGCGUGCCCAUGACCAGUGUCAGGGUACCCUACUAUGAAAACUUUCUAAAAGGCUUGAAGCCAGUGAAGGCAUCUGAUGGCGACUACUACAAUUUGGUGGUGCCUAUGAAGGACAUCCCCAUGGAUGGCAUCUCUGUUGCUGACGUUGGACCGGCGGUCGUUAGUAUCUUCCGAUCCCCAGAAGAGUUCCUGGGCAAGGCCGUGGGUCUCAGUGCAGAAGCCCUGACAGUUCAGCAGUAUGCAGACAUCCUGUCCAAGGUCUUGGGGAAAGUGAUUAAAGACGCCAAGAUCACCCCAGAAGCUUAUGAGAAGCUGGGAUUCCCUGGAGCCCAGGAAAUAGCUAACAUGAUGCGCUUCUGUCACAUGAAGCCAGACAGAGAUGUGAAGCUCACACACAGGCUCCACCCCAAGGUCAAGAGUUUCUCCCAAUUUGUCUCAGAGAACAAAGAGGCCUUCAAGGACCUAUAGGAAGAAGCAUUCAAGCCAGUUUGGUGUGGCCAACUUCCUCCAUGACAAUGUGGCACCGUGGCCAGAGUGCUGCAUUUGCAGGGAGAUCUGGGUUCAAAUCCUGACUUUGCCACUAACAACCUGUGACCUUAGGCAGUUUCUUGACCUUUCUGGGCCUCAGUUUCCCCAUCUGUACAAUGAGGGGGUUGCACUAGGUGGUGUUUUCCAGCUCUAAAUGGUACUGUGAUCCUCUUAUAGGUAGAAUGGGCUAAAGUUUGAACUGACUCAAACCAAUCCAGCAGAAAGUGAUUUCUUUACAUUAUGAAAAGAGAACACUGGAAGUGUUCUCAUCAUUGGUGAAUAUUAUUAUAAUUUACAUAUAUUCACACAAUUUACCCAGGGGCUGUGGGGCAUGAUGGGUGGAUAAAGGGCUAGAUUUGUCAUCAGGGAAUCAUAGAUUUAGGUUUAGAAAGGG